UCCAAACAUCACAUUUAAACGGGACUUGAGAGUGACGAAAAGUUUGAUGUUCGAACGCUUCCGUGGUGGCCAUUGGGACGCCAAUUAGUGGGGGAACAGCCCUUGUUAGCAAAAACCAUUUGGAUGCAGCUUGCAUAAUUUCACAUCACAUUGAUCGGCAUCUAUUGAACAAAUGGAGUGGCGCCAGCAAAGCACUUUCAGCUGUGCAGAUGCCUUCAAUGAAGCUCAGCGUUGGAUAGAGGAGGUGACUGGAAAACAUUUUGGCUGCAGCGAUUUUCGAGCUGCUCUUGAGAAUGGAGUCCUGCUUUGCGACUUGAUCAACCAGUUAAAACCUGGCAUCAUUAAGAAACUGAAUCGACAUUCUACUCCCAUUGCUGGCCUGGAUAACGUCAACGUGUUUCUUAAAGCUUGCGAGAAAUUGGGACUGAACGAGUCUCAGCUUUUCCACCCAGGAGACCUGCAGGACCUGUCAACUCGAGCAACACUCAGGAGAAAUGAAGGCAAUCGAAGACUCAAAAAUGUUCUGAUCACAGUCUACUGGUUAGGUCGUAAGUCCCACCUAGAUGAGUUCUACAGUGGUCCUCAGCUCAACUUCAAAGCAUUUGAAGGACUAUUAGGAUUGGCUCUGUCCAAGGCUCUAGAUGAAGGCACCAAUGUUUUUGUGAAAGAUGGCGUCUACAGUUGUCAUCCAGGGAAAUGGCCAAGUUAUAAGAGGGAGAAUUCAGUGGACAGCAUCGACUCUGCAGAAUCCCGAGCCAUCCAUACAAACAGUGAAGGUUGUGGAAGUGAUGCAGAGGCUGAACAGGUAUUUAGGAUGGAGACCACACAACAGUUGGCCAAAGGCCAUAUCCCAACUCCACUCUUACAGAGGAAACGAGGAGAGGAAAGUGGAAAAGGCUGCUCUACUUCAUUUAUCAGGAGCAAAUCAUUGAGUGAUAUUCCAAUGGUGUAUCCUGCACGUAAAGUUUCUGAAGACGAUAACCUUGUGGAUGAGCGCAAGCACAAUGACGGAGACAAGAAAUUGAAGAGCCAUGUUCCUGCCAGAGACAGUGAGGCUCACUGGCAAGAUGACUUGACAAAGUGGAAGAACCGUCGCAGGAGCACAAAUUCCGAUGUGCGUAGGAAGUCGCUUGACCGAGAACAUGUCAUUAACAAAAUGACCAAUGGAUCUGCGAAUGACCAUGAAGAGAAGGGAAACCGCAUGCAGCUGAAAAGAGACCAGCUGUCACCACAGAGGCACAGCCUUGCCCCACGCACUCACUCCACUUCUCCUCCAUCAAAGUGCUCAGGCUCUUUUUUCCGGCCACAUGCUCGAGCUCCUUUGGCUCGGAGUUAUGCCACUGAGGUGCCUCUUGGCAGUGCCUCUUCUCAUACCCACCAGAACUUUUCCCCCACACAGGCAUCCUCAGUUGGCACCGUGCCUGACUCUAAUGGAAACAUCGUGGGGGAAGAGACCCAUUUUUCAUCUUUGGCACUAAAUGGAACAACAGUAACCACUCCCACUCAAAACAACCCUUUCAGCUCCCAAACCCAGUUCAAAUCCCAAGGAAUUCCAGCGCCCUUCGAUCCUACAACACAUAUGACUCAGGCGGAGAAUUCAACAGCCCAAAUGUCUUCUUCAAUCACAACAAUGCUUCCAAAUGAAAAAGAAUCAUCUCGCACAGUGGAUUUGUCUGACACGUUGGGAGAGCUCUCUGACAAGAGACAUAAGUUCGCAAAAGAGAGCCACAGUUUCCCUCGGGAAAACGCGGAAAACACAAGUAAAUCCCAGCCAGCUUCAGGCACCAGGAAGUAUUUGGCAAGAGCUGCUUCUUGGUCAUGCUCAGCCAGUCUUCCACGUGGUUUCAGGCGAUCUGAAGGAUCAUGUCGCCUCUCGUCCGUCAUCACAGCCAGGCCCUUUGGGACCAGCCAGUCCAGGAUGUCCACGUUACAAAGACUAUCUGAUGUGAAAAGUCCAACAGAGAAUCAGGGUCCAAUAUCGAUCAGUGAAAGAGGGGAAUGUGUUCCCGUACCUGCUAGUUCUUUGCUCAAAAGACAGACAGCCACGGCCUAUCUAAGAAGUUGGCACCAGGAUCCAAUGCAGACCACCAACCAGACCGUUUUAGCAAAGGAAGCAUGGAAUAGUCUACCUGACCAGACCUUCCAAACCAAUGGCUUUCCGCAUCAGUCACAAACAUAUUUGAACAUGCAGCCCCAACGUAGCCAACUUGAAUCUCUUCAACGUAAUGUCGACAUUCCAAAGGUGGACUGUCGCUACAUGAGUGUGAGUCUUGCUCUUAAACCGAACAGUCCACAUGACUUUGGUUUCCAGCCUCAUUGGGAUGCGACUGGAGCAAGAAUAAAAUAUAUUCAGCCAGGCGGCCCAGCAGAGCUCUGCCAGCUGUGUGUAGACGAUGAGAUCGUGACUGUUGAUGGAGUUGCUGCAGCACACAUGAGCUCCGGUCUGUGGGAGGAAAAAAUGGCAUCUGCCUUGCAAUCUGGCACUCUUACCAUGGAUAUUUGUCGCUAUGUAAACAAGGGUGGUUCAGAAUCGGCAAUAUCUGAUCUCCAGGUGCCAUCCAUCAGCCCCUCCUCAUCCAGCUGGUCGUGGGACCGUGAAGACCACCGCAGGCGUCAAGAGAAGUGGCAGAAAGAGCAGGAGCGCCUCCUACAGGAGCAAUAUGAGCAGGAUCAGCAGAGGCUGGAUACAGAAUGGCAGAAGGCGCAACAUGCUGCAGUGGAGGGGGAGAAUAACAUGGAGAUUAUCAGAGGGGUCCAUGUGAAUGGUUUGACAAACACUGAAGAGCAGAGGCCUCAAGAACUAAGCACUCAUGAUGGCUCAAAGAAAGAUCAGAAUGGAAAGAUCAUGGAAGACUGGGCUGAAGGCUUCUCCGACUUUGCGCCGCUUUCUCCUGCACACAGGACAAAGUCCUUGUCUACACCAGCGUUAGGUGGUCCACAAAAACAACAAAAAGGUGAUCCAAAAACAAGGAAAGGGGAGGCGGUUUCGAAGGCCGAGCAGGAGAGGCAGCAGAUCUUGGAGGAAAUGAAAAAGAGGACUCAGCUUCUGACCGACAACAGCUGGAUACGUCAGCGCAGCAGCAGUUUUUACAAGGAACCCAUCUACAUCGGGAUGCCUCUGAAGAGGUAUGAGUCUUUGGACAUCCUUGAAACGUCACACUCGACCUCCAUGGCUGGUUAUCCCCGACCACACUCUGCUGCUGCCAGUUAUUGUGGUCCAAUUAGGAACUCCCCCUCCGCCUCCUCCCGCUACACUACUGGAUCCAUGACAUCCCAGAGAAAUACAUCCACAGUCUUGCACCCUGGCAGGAUGGUCAGUGGCAGGAGAACUUGCUGUUUGUGUGAAGGCGACCUGAAUAACGGGGCAGCCAUGGUUAUUGAGGCCCUUAGCCUCUACUUCCAUUUUGCCUGUUUCCAGUGUGUGGGCUGCCAACAGUGUCUGGGAAAAACAGAGAAUGGUGUCCAGGUUCGUGUCCGACACAAGAAGCCAUACUGUGAGCCCUGCUAUUUCCAGCUUAAGUCCUCCGGUUCCCCAUCCAUGUGACCAAGAGAAGGUACUCAUGAUAGCGGACUAAACUAAUGAAUGAGACCCUCAGCACUGCCGGAAUUACACCUGUCAUUCUGAAUUGUGGUCACAAGUUGUUCACUUGGAAAAUGGAUCCUGGCAUUCAUUUGAUCAACUUGGAUUAAGUAUAUAGAAUAAAUAAAUAUGUUUAAUGUGAAGUUAUUUUAUUUGUCACUUGGAUGUUUAAAUGUGUUAUGGAAGAUUGCAGAUAUACUGUCAUAUUGUCUUAAUAUAGUCCCUGUUUGGAAACGCAUGUACUAGAGCACUUUUGCCCCCUCCUAAUAUAAUCUCACUAUGCGCACAUUGGUAUAAAUCAAUGUUAUGACACGCCUUUAUCAUUAGAUGGGCAUCUUUACUGGAAUGUCCUCCUGUGCACUGUUUUAAGGGUUUUUUGCUAUUCAUGAUUUUGCCACAGGGGGGCAGAAUUUCUCCUACUAAAUUUAAAAAGAGUUACUUAGUGUAAAUAUCACUAGUUGGUCUGUGGCAUGGGUUUCAACACAUUGGAUCCGGUAAUAACCAAAUUGCAAUGCAAGUACUGGCUGAAAGAUUCAAAAGUUGUACUUAUAGACUAUACUUGUUUGCAUUUAACUUGGAAAAAACAUCAAUAACCAAAGGAAAGCAACCCACUGUGUUCUCAUUUUUGCUGUCUUGCUUCUUUGACCACAAUGAAGCAAUUGAGGGAAUUCAGCUGUUGUUUUUUGUGUGUAAUGUGAAUUUAUUUUGCUUAUGUGAGAUUCAAAAGUGAAUUAAACUGAUUUUACUAGCUUUCUUAUUGAAUGAAAUAAGUCCAUGAUUAAAUGCUACUAAAUUCUUGGAA